AUGUCAUCGCAAACGGAGUGGCCUCAGUCCCUCAAGGACUUUGCCAAUCGAGCCUUCGCUGCCUGCACCGACACCAAUCGAAAGGCGGUCUCGGAAGAACUCAGAGCACUCAUCUUUGAUUCCUUUCAGAAUGGUACCAUCCACACCACCGACUGGGCGAACGCCAGUCUCAAAAGCUUAGCAGGGCCCUCCACUCCGUCAAAGAAGUCGCUCCUCAAGAAACGGUCAGCACCUUCUUCCAACUCGCUCGCGGGCCUGUCCGCAUCCGACGUUGAGGAGCAAGAGAGGAAGGAGAAGCGCGCAAGGAGAUUCGAGCGGGAGCAAGAAGAGUUCAGGCGCGGAGAAGAUGAGAUGCUCGAGACGGCCAUUGCUAGCACCAGUCUAGCAUCCAGAUUCGGCGGUGGUCCAUCCUCAUCCGGGCCAGCAGCGUGGUCAGCAGGAGCCGCUGGAUUUGUCUCAACAGCACCAGCACGAGCGAACGGUUUCGGCAAUGGCAAGGGCAAAUACGCAGCACCGGUACCGCUCAGCGGCCCUCAAUUCACCGACACCGAAGUAGCAGAUCCCAACGUCAUCGACUGGGAUGAGCAUACAGUUGUGGGCACCAGCAGCAAGCUCGAAAAGUCCUACCUCCGACUCACCUCCGCACCUGAUCCCAAAACGGUCCGCCCGCUUUCCACGCUCGUGCAGACGCUCGAGCUGCUCAAGAAGAAAUGGCGAACCGAGAACAACUACUCGUACAUCUGCGACCAGUUCAAGUCGAUGCGCCAGGAUCUCACCGUGCAGCGGAUCAAGAACGAGUUCACAGUCAAGGUGUACGAGAUUCACGCUCGGAUUGCGCUCGAGAUGGGCGACCUCGGCGAGUACAAUCAGUGUCAGAGCCAAUUGAGAGGUCUUUAUGCAUACGGCAUCAAGGGCAGCGCCAUGGAGUUUCUCGCUUAUAGGAUUCUCUAUCUGCUACAUACCAAGAACCGCAGGGAUGUCAACGCACUCAUGGCAGAGCUGACGGAAGAACACAAGGCCGAGCCAGCAGUGGCGCACGCGCUCCAAGUGCGUGCGGCGUUGGUCACGGGCAACUACCAUUCCUUUUUCAAGCUCUAUACAGAUGCACCCAACAUGAACGCCUACAUCAUGGAUCACUUUGUCGAACGUGAACGCAUCAAUGCGCUGCUCAUCAUGUCCAAAUGCUAUCGACCAUCGAUCCCGCUAACAUUCAUCGCAGAAGAACUGGCAUUCCAGGACGUGAGCGAGGCGAACGAGUUUCUGACCGCCAACGCAGCCGCCACCUACAUCGAGCCGACGCCAGCCGAGCUGGCAGCAAUCGCACCUCAGACCAUCGGCAAGAAGAAGAAGUCGAAAUCGAUACCCAGCUUGCCGCUCGAGAAGCGACAGUGGGACGCAAAGGCAGCGAUGCAACCGCUCACGGACGCGAUACAGAAGUUCCGCAAGGCGAGCAAGGUUACAAGCAUGUCCUGGUUCUCAUCACAGUGGAACCGCUUCGCGAAUGGAGCCAAUGGCUCAUCCCAAUCAGGCAACCCUAAUGGGCCUAUUCGCAGGAUCGAAGUGGUCUGGGGCCGCGAGAGACUCCAGAUUGUCCUUCCACGCACAGCAGAACCCGUCACCCUCGGUCACUUGCGGCACGAGAUCGCCUCGAUCACCUCCCUCCCCUACGACAAGAUCAAGCUCAUCCACAAGGGUCUCGUGAUGCGAGAUGACCGCCUUCCGCUCUCGGCAUAUGGGCUGUCGGAAGGCUCGCGCAUCGGACUCGUCGGUAGUCGGGAGGAAGGAGACAGACCCGGCGCCAAGACAUCGGUUGGCAUCGGUGCGCUUUCGGUGGGCGAGCAGAAGGCGCGCGAGAAGAAGGAGCGAGAGGCGGAUACCAGCGAGCAGGGACUCAUGUCACGCAUCACCGAAGCGCUGGAGACCUCGCGCAAGGAUCUCUUCCCGGAAGUGGUCAAGGUGGAACAGGCGAUUGCGGACAGGACAGGUGGGGCUGCAUCCACAUCAGCUACGCCGACAGCAACGACGACAGCACCGGCACCAGCCUCGACCGAAGCAGAUCAGGAGGAGGGACAGCCUGCGAAAGCAGAAAAGAGGAUGUCGUCCGAAGACAUUGCAGACGCACAUAGAAGAUUGUCCGAGCUGCUGCUGAGGCAGUUGCUGGCACUAGACUCGGUCAACGUCAACAGCGACACGACGAGGCAGGCGCGCAAGAUCGCGGUCAAGGAGGUGCAGGGUCAUUUGGAUCGACUGGAUGCCGCCUGGUCCCAGUUCAAGAGCCGACAGUGA